AUGGCAUGCGGGGCGACGUUGAAAAGAACUUAUGAAUUCGAUUUACUUCAUAGCCCUCCACAACCACCAAUAAAAAGAAGAUGCAUGCCACUUUCUAUGGCUCAGUCGCCAUCCUCGAUUCAUCAAGUUUCACCUUCUGUUUCUUCUGCUGCAUCCCCGAAAUUAACCAAAGAGGAAAUUACAGCCAGAAUUGAAUCAGAACUGAAGCGGAUGCAGAAGAGAAAGCAGCUGUUCUACUCACCACACAGUCCAUCGCAAGCUUCUAACAUAUCUUCUCAGUCUGGACACCAGAGCCCGCCUGUGUCUUCAGCAGCCUUGACUUCUUCCAUCACUUUGAGUGAUAUAGCAAGUCCAUCAUCAGCCUCAGGGACUGUCUGCUCCAAGCAGAAAGACGUCCCGUUGUUCACAUUUAAGCAGGUGGCAAUGAUUUGUGAACGCAUGGUCAAAGAACACGAAGAUCAACUCAGGGAAACAUAUGAGAAAGCUCUUAGCAGCAAAAUGUCAGAACAGUACGAGUCAUUUCUCAGGUUCAACCAUGAUCAGUUACAUAAGCACUUUGGAAGUGUCCCUUCAAGCUAUGUUUCCUAA